AUGGAUCCCUAUUAAUAAAUCACACCUAUGUUCAUUAAAUAAUGCUUAUUGACAAGUGAGAGUUACAAUCAAGCUAAGAUAAUCAAAUAGGCUGUGAAAGACAAUAAAGAGUAGUUAUUUUAAACAAUAUGCAUCACAAUUUCAGAAGUUUUGGUUUUGAAUCCAGUUAAUGACCCGAAUCCUCCCAUGGCUAAACUAUAAGCUGUAAAGUUGAGCAAAGAUUUAUUUGAUAUUUUUAAUAAGAGUUUUGUACAUCUAUUUGAAAUACAUGCUAUAUAAUAAUUUAUAUACUAUGUAGAAUUUGGAGAUCCAAAAGACUCAAACAGAGGAAGCACAAUCUUUGGAUAAAACUCAGAAACAUAAAUUAAAAAUAUUGGAAAGUCCCUUGUAUAAUUUACUUCAGAAUGCAUUAUUGCUUGGGCUUUGUUUUUUCCUAAAACCCCCUCAGGUUAAACCACUAAAUUUGUAUAGAUUUAUCAAAGUAUGCAAAGUAAAGGAUAUAAAAUAUCUGGCUGGAAUUAUUAUAAAGAAAACUUUGUAAGAAGUAAUCAAGCAAUAAUCUAAGGUGAAUAAAUUGUUUAAAUGCCAGUUGAUGAAAAUGGUGUCAUUCUCAAAAGAUAACUCUAUUUUAUUAAAGGAUGUUAAUAGAUUUUAGAUUAUAUGAGAAAUAUUUGCAUCAAUAAUGAAUAAUGGGUACCUGAUAUGUUUAAACAAUAUUAAAACGAAAUUAUAGCUAAAAAUAAAGAUGUGUAAAAAUAGAUUGAUGAUCUAAGAUCCAUAAAGAGGGAGGAUCUAGUAAAAUAAGUUACUGAAUAGGCUAUAAUAUUUGAAUCUUUAGAAAAAGAUCUAUUGUCACUUACUAGUGAGAAUUAUAUGGAAUUUAGAGAAAAAUAUACCAAAAAUAAGGAUAAUGAAGCACAAAAUUAAGUUGCAGUAUAGAAGUAAAUAAUAUAGAAAACAGAAUUACAUCAACCAUCAGGUGUUAAUACUAUUGAAAUUUAAUAACCGAUUAUAGUGAAUGAUGAUUCUAAAGCAUAAUAUCUCUAACUUGAACAAGAAAAAUAACAAAUUUAAGAAAAACUUUCUAAUGCUCAAAAGGAGUUUAAUGAAUAUAAAAUAAACUCUUAAAAAGUGUUUUAAUAAUUAAAAGACUAAUAUGAUUUAGAGAUUAAAAGUAAUGAAAUCGAAAGACAAAAACAAUAUUAAGAAAAAUAAAACUUAAUGAAUUAAAUUGAAAAAUUAAAGGCAUAAUUAAAUAAUGGGAUUGAAUAAUAAAAUAAUUUGAUGAUAGGUUAAUUAAAAAGAGAUAUUGAAAACUUAAAAUAAGAGAAAGAAUUAAAAAUUUUUAAUUUCCAAUAAGAAAUAAAUUAAUAUUAAUAAAAAGCUACUGAAUUUGAAACUAUCCAAUAAAAUCUUACACUUUAAUUGAAUUUAUACAAUUCUUAAAUACUAAAAAUGCAAAAUGAAUAUUAGAUUCUAAAAGAGAAUUAAUAAAAGGAAAAAUAAGAAUUUUAAAAACAGAUACUUGAGUCUCGUUAAAAAGAAGAAGAUAUGUAAAAAUAACUGAUAAUUAAAGAAGAAGAAAUGUAAAAAUAACUGAUAAUUAAAGAAGAAAACUACAAUAAAUUGUACUUAAAUUAUUAAGCACUUAAAAAAGAAAAUGAGAAAUAGAAAUAUGAGAUUUAAUAGAAUUUAUAACAAAAAUAAAUAUCAAAAGAUAUUAAGCCCAAGUAGUUAUAGACAUUUCCAUUUCCUGCCUUCUUCCAACAUUUUCCUUAAAUCCAAAAGUUUACGAGCGAAGAGGUGCCUUACAGAUAGAAACCUAUUAGUAAUGAAAACUUAGAGCUCAUUUUCCCUUAUUUAAGCCCUCAGGAUUAUUUUAAUUAGAAACCACAAAAAACUCGAAAAGGAAAGGAAAUAUAUUUAGGUUAAGACAUUAACAAUUUUUCAUAUUUAAGCGAAAAAAACUUAAUUUUCUUCAAACGGAGAUGCUCAGGAACUUAAGGUAUUUUGAAUGUAUCUUCUGAAUUGGAAUUUGGUUUGUCCUAUUUGACUCAAGAAUCAUAAAACAAAGUUUAUUUCACUUAUGGUUUGUAUAUCAAAAAUUAAUAAAUAGCAAAGUAAAAUUUGAAAGUUGAAUUUUUAGAAAUUGAAAGUAACUAUUUAUGCUAUUUAGAAUUCUAACAAUUUUAAGCUUCUUCUGAUGUAUUUUCAAAAUAAUUAAUUGAAAAUUAAAUUGAAUUAAUAGAGAUAUUAAUAGAAUCAAAAGUUAUUCAUCUCUAAGUCUUGACAUUGUAAAUUACUCUUUUUGAAACAAAAUCAUUCUAAAUAUCCAUUCCUAUUUGCAUUUGUUAAUAAAUAAUUUACGCUGAUACCAAUUUAGAUAAAUUUAAAAAAGAAUGGAAAUAAAAGAAUACUAACAUAGUCAGAACAGCUUAACUCAAGCUAAACAAAUAUGUUAGGAAAGAUAUUUAAAGCAUUCUAAAGUUGAUACCAAAAUCAAUUAUAUUGAAUUUCAAUAGAAUUCAAGAUUUUGAAUAGGGCAUAGCUGCAGUAAAAUUUGGAGGCAUUGGGAAGUUUAAAGAUAUUUCAUUCUUAAUAAAAUUUGAAAUUUAGCCAAACAAUACAUUUUUCAUUUACCUAUCUUGUCAAUCUGCGCAUACUAAUAAAAAGGACAAAAUUGAGUAAAUAUUAAAAGGGUAUGCCUUUAUAUUGUAGUCGAAUAGUUGA